AGUGAGCAUUUAUUACGGCAAGGUCAUGUUGAUGUGGCUGACAUGUUGAUACAGGAAGCCAAUCUGACACUUGAUGAAAAGCAAAAAGAACCUUUUUUGGAACUUAACCGGAUUUUAGAAGAAUGCAAAAAUCAUAACGUGGAACCUGCACUCAGGUGGGUUCAACUAAAAAGGGAUGAGCUCCAAUCAAAAAACAGCUCUCUUGAAUUUAAGUUGCAUAGACUGAAAUUUAUAGAUUUGGUGAAAGAGGGACAGUGGAGAGAGGCUCUGGAAUAUUCGAAAAAUUUUUCACGAUUUACUACUCAAAUAAAAGAAAUUCAGCGACUAAUGGGCUGCUUUGCUUUCAUGAGGAUUGGAUUGGAGAAUUCUCCAUACUCGGAUUUGCUGGAUCCGGUAAAUUGGCUAGAAAUCAAUGACAUUCUUGCCCGAGAUGCUUGCACACUUCUUGGUCUCUCCAUCAGCAGUCCUCUUGAAGUCAGGUAAUAAAGCGUUCUCCUUUUUCGAUAUAAAAUCAAGUCGAUGAUUGUAGAAGUUAAUGCCU